AUGAACAACCAUUUUGUAGAUAGGAAAUACUCUGCAUCACUUGCAAGACAAAAGAGGAAGCAUGUUCUUGAUAAAAGAAGAUUUAAGAAGAAUAGAGUUAAUGAAAAUUCAACUGAGCACAACCAUGACCUAAAUAAUUCAAGUUAUAUAAGCAGACAUCAUACAAGACAGCCACUGUCUGAUAUCAGUUCUGUUUUUGUCAAUGGCCAUGGAGAUGUUUCUGCACGAACAGAGUGCGUAAUGCUUAAUUCCCAACAAAGGAGAAGGAGUGUUGGUUUUAACCAGUGCACAACCCCAACACCUGCAUCUUCCCCCAGCUUCUCAUGCAUUUCUACUGAUACAAUUUCUCCCAAACAAAUUUCUGCUUCAGCACGUCAAAGAAGGAGGUCAAUAAUGAAGCGUAAGAGUCCCCAAAACAACAGCCAUCGUGGUCAUCUGCAGAUCAAACUCGCUGAUAGAAUGCCCUUUUGUUCCCCUUUACCGUUUGAUGCUAACACACCUCUGAGUGGCGUUACCUCCUCAUCAAGUAUUAAAUGCAAAAAUAAUUCAUAUGGACUACCGACUUCCUAUGCAUCUUCAUCCAACAAACAUCUUGAUCCAAAUCUAAUUCGUCCAACGACUGCAAAUCUAUUAAAAACCUUUUCAAGUGUUACAGAAACGACGUCAACUUCCCUUAAUACCAAUCUGUUCAGAAGUGCUGACUCAGUGAACCCAGUUCAACAAUCAGUUGCAGACUAUUCAUCCGAUGAAUCUUUAACUGAUAGUUCGUGUGAAUUCAUAAAUGAAGAUCCGGAUUAUGAUACAAGUUCAAGUCUGGACAACGACGAAGAUCAUUCUGCAAAUGUCCCAACAAUUGAUUGCACAAAUGCUGGUUCGACAAAUAAGGUUUUACUUAUAGGCUUGAGAAGGAGAGGGGGUGAUUCCAAAGAAAAUUGGGUUGAAAAUCUACUGCACAUCAUAUGUGCAUGUCAUACCACCCUACAUUCUUCAAUGAAAGAGACCAUUUUUCGACUUACCUAUGGAUCUAAAGUGGUAAUUCCCAUAGAAAUGGGAUACUUAGCUAGAAGACUUCCCAACGAACCACCUGAGAGAUCAACAAAGUGGAAUAUAGAGAAGAUAUUAAUGCCUCAGGUGAAAAUUAACACUCAAUUUGAUAGGACCAUACAAAGUCAUUGCAGUCUAGGAAAAAGGGCUUACACUUUGGAAACCCUCACCAGAGAUACAAUACCACACUUUCAGAAUGUGGUGAAGCAUAAAGUAUUUUACAAUUAA